AGGGCAAUUCCGGACACAGGACCCUUCUCCUUGCCCGCCGGCUUCAAGGGAAAAACAAAAGGAACCCGAAACCGCGUGAUAAAACUGAAGCUUUCCGCUGUCCCCCGGCCUGAAAGCGUAAACCAAAUCGAUUACCAACCCUCCACUCCUUCCCCGCGUCCCUGCCAGGUAAAAUACAGUCAAUCCGAGUUCAACUUCUCUCGCUCUGAUCCUCUUUCUCCCCUCACCCGCCACCGUCGCCGUCGAGAACCGCCUCCCCGCGUCCCGCCUUCCCGCAGCGAGCUCUUCUCGGAGCCACUUGAGCGCCGGGACGAGCGGCCAGUCUCGUCCAGAGCCGGUAUGCACAGCCAGAUCGUGUGCCAUGGCUGUCGGAGAGUUCUAUGCUACCCGUCAGGGGCGCCCAGCGUGUGCUGCGGGGCGUGCCAAGCUAUCACCAUCGUGCCACCCCCAGCGCUAGAAAUGGCUCAGCUUAUAUGUGGUGGUUGCCGAACCUUGCUGAUGUAUACCCGCAAUGCAGACACCGUGAGAUGUUCAUGUUGCCGUACAGUCAAUCUUGUGAGAUCAGUGAAUAAUAUUGCCCACGUGAACUGCGGACAGUGCCGGACAACUUUGAUGUAUCCAUAUGGAGCACCUUCUGUCAAAUGUGCCUUGUGCAAUUUUGUCACAAAUACUGGAAUAAAUACCAUGGCACCAACGCCGUGUCCAGUGCCUACACCAAAUGGAUCUUCAUAUAAUGUCCCAUCUACUUCUGUUUCUACAACUCAACCCCAGAAUGUAACCGUUGUUGUCGAGAAUCCUAUGACGGUUGACGGAAAGGGUAAACUGGUUAGCAACGUUGUAGUUGGAAUUACACCUGGGAAACAAUGAAGGGUUGUCUUGGCAGUUGCUGCAUACUUGUUUUGUGUUCUAUUCAAGAACCUGGAAAUAUCAGAUAUUACACUGCUCUUGGUGAUUGGUUACUGGGCUCACCUCGAAGAACAAAGAUACAAUUUUUCUGGCAUCUUGCAAAGGAAAACAUGAAUGUUGAAAGUUGAAUUGUGAACCUGUUAAUUCUUUUGUAUGUAAAUGAGCGCUGGUGGACUUCACUGUGUGGUCAAAUAGCCAAUGUGAAUGACAAAAUAGUUCGAGUUCUGUGUAGUUAUACAUACUUUGAAUUCGUGACAGACGCUCUGUUAGUUCUGCUCUUUCAUUUCUUUCU